CCUUAGCGCUGCAAGGCGAGUGCCGAGUAGCAAACUGUGCAUGUUUAUUUACGAAGGCAUUUAAAUGAUAUCCAGGUUAUACGGCGCAGAUUCAGAUAAUGCCUCUUUAAAGCGAAAGAGGCAAAUUGACACACUGAAAAUCUUCAACGCUAAUGUAACAGAAGUGCACGCCGAUGUGGAAUAUCGUGUGGACUUUGUCUCAGGAGACCACCAGAUGGCUCUGCACGUGAUAUUAGGACCAGAGUUUCCCUUGGAGAAACCCAUUCUCCGUGUCGUGCCUGCUGUCAGUCACCUUUGGGUCAACGAGACUGGAGAAGUUGUCGGUGCCCCGGGUCUUAUAAGUUUCACAGUACAUUCUGACCUCGGUCGUGUGGUACAGGCCAUUAUUCGAGAGUUCGAGAAAAACCCUCCACCCCUUGCAGCUAAUAUCAACAUUCCAAAUUCGAUGCUCACUGGAGGUGCCCCCGCGAUUCCACCCGCACUGUCCACUGCUCCGCAGCCGCAGCUGCAGCUGCCGCCGGAGCCGUCGGAGCUGCGAGACCUGCUAGCAGGCAUGUCCGUGGCGGAGCUGGAGGAGCUCCGCCGGGACGGGCCAGUCGCUGACGACCGCCUCGCAGAGCUGGUUUCCGACCUGCCGCCGCUUCGCAGGAUGGAGCAGCAGCGCAACCAACUCGUCGCUGGGAUUGUCGCUCUCGCAGAAUCGAACCUGUCAAGGCAACCUGAACUACAGGCAGCCAGAGAGGCCGUCCGGGCCAAGGCAGAGAAGGUCUCCGCAUUGCGGGCACGCUUCGAGGAACUCGGUGUCGAACACAGACGACUCGCGGAGCGGUAUGCGCCAGACAAUAUAAGGGAGACACUCUGCCUGGCGGCCCAGCAGAGCGACGAGGAAAGCGACGCCGUGGCGGAGGCCUUCCUCUCCGGCCGUGUCGACGUCGAGCGCUUCGCGGCUCAGUACAUCAGGAUACGCGCGCUGAGCCAUGAGAGGAAGACGAAGGAGGAGAAGCUGCAGAGCCAGCUGAGGGAGCUGCAGAGGGCCGGCUAUUGACGGGUGACGGGGCAGCGGCAGACUACUGUCACCACUGUCGCUGUUUUUGUUAAUUAUAAUAUUCAGUUAUUUAUAUGCAAAACGUGUUCAUUUUAUUUAAGUGUCCCCUAUCUCAAAGAAGUGUGUGUGUGUGUGUGUGUGUGUGUGUGUGUGUGUGUGUGUGUGUGUCAUCUGCCGAGACUGACAUACACCGUCUAUACUUUCCUGCCUGUAUUGUAGUGCUGCCUUGCAACCAGGAAUUAUUUUGAGCACACUGUCGCACGCGGCUCGUGAAGUGGAGUAGUAUGGCCUACAGACUGAUUCCGAGAAAAUGGUUUCGUUGACUGCCAAAUCCGGUGUGCUGUAAAGUUAGACAAGCCUGUGGAGCAGUUUACAACAGAAGAGAAAGCUGGCAUAAUGGGACGUAUCUCUUAUUUCACGAAAAUACGUCGGAAAUAUAAGUCUGUAUCCUGCCUGCACCCGAGUUAAAAGCCGUGUCGGGGUCAUUUAAGAACAGUCUGAGACUCUGGAAACUACAAGUUUACUGCAUCCUGUGCAAGUACAGGAAAGAGCCACUAGGCCAGACUGUCGACAUGCUACGGGAAAGGUGCACAGGCUGUUAGCACUCUGCAGACUGAGAGCAGAUUUGUUCGCAGAGCACUGUGUCUGCAAAGAAGAGACUGCGAAGUACGACAACGUCAGUUCCGGCUCAACAGCAGAGUGCGGUUCCCUCAGUCGGAUGCGUGUAAAGUGAGUUACCGUUUAAUGUGGAAUCCGUACCGUGUCUCUCUCCUGGCAAAUUUUCACAUCGUUGAGAAGUGAAGGUUAGGUUAAAGGGAGACCAAAAUAUACCACAGCCACACCGAGAUUCGACCCUGCAAUCUUUCAGUUUCCGGCCUCUCGCUUGAUCGUGGGGCUGACAUGUACUGCCAUUUCGUUUUAAUAAUGAUCCAGCUACACUAUUUACUUAUAAAUAAAAAGUAGUUUCCGAUUAAGUAAGGUUCGUGAUGCAGCCUGAGCUGUACUUGUAGUGCAGUGGUGGCAUGUGGAAAGAUCCACCCGCAUCACACGAACUGAGUAGCACCUCCCCAUUGCAGUGACACCUGGAGCUGAGAUGUAGUGAGAAGCUUUCCCCUCCACCCACGCCAGGCCCUAAGGGUCUGGGAUCGACAGCGGGAGAUGGCGAUAUAAGGAAGGCACCCGGCAGGAAAAAGUCGGCUUUGCGAACUGCCCGAGGAGAGUGACGAGCCGGCUCGUCGAGACGUCGCACGCUCCAUUUCGGGCUAGUCGACCUAAUACCUGAAAAAGGUUCAAAAUUUGUCGGCAAGCUUUUCCGGGAUUGUCGACAUCUGCCUUCGAUUGUCCGCCAGUGUAGGACAUUCCUGUGAACUGAGUAAUGUCUGCCUAAUGACUGUAUAAUAGUGUACGUACUUUGGCAAUACAUUUUGAAGCGUGCUUGACCAUUAGGACUGCAUUUGGCUAUUGAAGAUCCUCCAUUGUGAUGUCGACAAAUGUGUAUCUGUUAAUUUUGCCAAUUUCUGUCAUACGACACAGCAAUGAAACAACUUCCACUUAUCGAUUACUCUAUUAUACCAAUGUACGUAGUUUUCGAGUUACAUCAAUUUGUAGGUUCCUUUAAAAUUUGAAGCACUGUCUGCAAAAAAAUGUGUGUGUUUGCAAACACACACAUACCCACUAAACUUUUUUGCUUUUGCACGUCAAACGGUAUCGGCAUCAACUACAUUGUAUAUUUGUAGUAGUUCAAAGGGAGUGUUUGUUUGUAUUGCAGGAAAAUGGAAUUGAGUAAUCGAAUAAAUUCAGACUGCCAGCCUGUACCUAUCUUUGAGAGCUGAAAUAUUUAUUACUGCAAUGGGACACGUAUUGACGACAGCCUAGCUUUUGGAACAGACAGCUGUUUCACGGUGGAGGAGAGGGAUAGGUUUGGAAAGGUUUACAGGGAGGGCAGCUAACUGAGAUAAGAGAGAGCAAUCUGUAAAGUAAGGCAGUAGGCAAAGACAAAUUUUUGUUUAUUACACACUUUCAAAAUUUAUCUUCGUACCAAAUAUUUUGGGCACGAGACACAAGUUGUCAAGUCUCGACCCUCGCCAUAUCUCCUUCUCCUCAAGCACACGCCGCACAUUUUCUCGUGGUGAAUUUCUCUGCAAACCAAAUCACAUUUCGACACUGGUUCUAUUUUGGAAACCAGUAAGACUGUCUCCGUACUCGUACUCUCCCCACGGGGUUCCGACCGGUGAUGUCUCGUAUUAAAAGCUGGGGUGCUAGCUGCGUGGAGACGCGUGUAGCUGGCAGAUGUGCACACAGUUUACUUUAGAGGACUUAUCUAACUCACAGCAGUAAGCAGAUCAAUACGAGCACUGGUUCGCAUAUUUAAAUGGUAUAUACAGUCGGACUCAUCUCCCCCAGUCUGCGGGUCGAUAGUCUGCCGACAGCAUUUCGGAGACUCUUAUCCGGAUAAUAUUUUCAGAUAUACACUGCUACACAAUUACCACUUUCAACAUACAAAUAGCUGUCUCACUCGCAAAAUACUACUUACCUGCCCCGUUCGAGAAUAUGCACCUCCGUCCGAGAGGGACCGUCGCCGUACAUCUUGUAGGCUCUAGUAGUCGGUGCUACAGUGAAGAGAUGACAUUACACUAUGGUGUUCCUUUUCAGUGUUUUUCCGACUUACUGACAGUUAGUAAAAGUACCUGUACUGUGUCAGGUUCCGAGUUGUCUGACACUAUAUUCAGUAAUCCUGCUGCAAAAUGCAAAUCGAAGAGGAUUGAUCCAAACAUUAAACAGUGUAACUAUAUUUUUAAAUAAAAAUUGAAAACAUGUCAACUGUGCAA